AUGGGGUAUAAAGUGGUUCAAAUCUGGGAAUGUCAAUGGAAGGAGGAGAAAAAGGCCUCAAAGGAAAUUCAAGAUUUUCUCAAGGAAAUCAAUCUUGUACCACAGCUCAAUCCGAGAGAUGCGUUCUUUGGAGGUCAAACUGGGGCGGCGUCGCUUUAUUACAAGGCCAACACAGAUGAAGGUCACCCCGAAAUAUUUUUGGAACCAGACGACCAAGAUCCAGCCUCCUACUUCGGUAUAUUGACAGUGGACAUUUUACCGCGUUAUAAUUUAUACAAUCCCGUAUUGCCUCUUCGACAUGGAAAAAAACUGACGUUUCCGUUAUGUCGAAAGUGUGUGGAAGAUGAAAGUGCCAAACCGAUGUUGGGAAGAAAUUAUUGUUGUAGUCAUGGUGUGGAGGAUCGCAUGCUCACCGGUACUUGGUGUACACCCGAAAUCAUGAAAGCUGUCAAAAAAGGGUAUCAGGUUCUUCGCAUACACGAAGCAUGGCAUUUCCCACCAGACCAAAGAAAGCAAGGUCUGUUUGCCCCGUGCGUAGACACCUGGUUGAAGAUAAAACAAGAAAGUAGUGGUUACCCCAGCUGGGCACAAACGGACGCGCAAAAAGGAGAUUAUGUUAAAAAUUACAAGGCAAGAGAAGGGAUAGACUUAGACCCCCAGCACAUCAAGAAAAAUCCAGGAAGAAAGGCCACUGCCAAACUGAUGCUGAACUCCUUUUGGGGGAAGUUUGGCGAACAAAUGAACAAGAUGAAAACGAAGCAAAUCACAGAACCACACGAGCUGAUGGAUCAUUUAAAUGACACAACGAUUGAAAUAUCAGAUGUACGCAUUUUGAGUGCUGAUGUGAUUGAAUUGGCGUAUAAGAAGAUAGAAGAGGAUGCAGUAAAGGGGUCCAAGACCAACAUAUUCAUAGCAGCAUUUACCACCUGUCAGGCCCGUCUUAAGCUUUAUGAAUCUUUGGAGGCGUUGGGCGAUCGAGUCUUGUAUUAUGAUACAGACUCGGUCAUUUACACGUGGAAGCCAGGUCAAACAGAAAUUCCCUUAGGUGAUUACCUUGGCGAUAUGACCAAUGAAUUGGAUGAAGGGGAUUACAUCGUGGAAUUUGUGUCAGGGGGUGCCAAGAACUAUGGGUAUGCGACGAAACAUGGGAAAAUCGUGUGUAAAGUUCGUGGCUUUUCCCUAAACGUGCGUGGUGCCAAACAGCUUAAUUAUCAGGUCAUGAGGCAAAAUAUUUUGGAUGAAAUUUUGGAUGAAAUUUUAGACCCGCAGGACGAAAGAAGAGACACUGACAUUGUGAACCCGAGACAUUUUAGGCGUGAUCCAAUUGCCAAGAAGAUUAAGACAGAAACACAAGUCAAAAAAUAUGGUUUGGUAUUCGACAAGCGGGUACUUCACGUAGGAACAUUUAAAUCGUAUCCCUACGGAUAUGCCCAGUUUACAGGAUUCGAUGCACAAGACAUUUUAAACAUUGAAACACUUAUAUGA